GUUUAACUUAACGAGGCCCGAGCCGGACGAGCUAUCCUCAUUCUAUUCCCAACUCUCGGACCAAUCGUUUCGGCUCUCCAAAUUCUAAAUUCCAAAUUCUAAAUUUAUAAAUUCUAAAAUAACAUUUAAAGAUGCCUUGCCAACCUUGCUGUGCUCCUGCCUGCUGCGGAACCUGCUUCUGCCCCAAGCGCUACCUCGUGGACAAGGAGAACGCACCUUGUGUGUGGUGUGCCCCUUGCAAAGCCCACUGUUACAACACCCCACCGAAAUGCUGUUGCUAGGGUCACAUCCGUGGAUCUGCUUGUGAAGUUAUUUCUCCAUAUUUCUCCCCUUUGCUAUUCCCGAGUGGCUUCUAAUGACUCUUAGUUGAGCGAUGUCAAUGCUUCUGUGCCAUGUCCUAACCAAAAUGGUGUGAAAUCGACGGGACAUGUUGAGCAAGCAAUGUCCUUCAGUUUAAUCCCAAUAGAAGCCAGUGCAAGUCAGGAAUCCAAGGAAGAUAACUCUGUCAAAAGGACCGAAGGAGGAAUGAAGGUGGCAACUUCUGGUAGCACGGCAUUUCAAAAUUUUGAAACCAUUGGAAACCAAUUUAGGCAAUAAAAUUAUAAGUUAUCUAUUA